GCCAAGGGGGCGCGCGGGGUCCAACAGGGCGGGGCGGGCGCGGCGGCCAUGGCGGCGGCGCUGGGGUUGGCACGCGCGGUGUCUCGCGGCUGGGCGGCGCGGGGCGUGCGGCGCGCGGGGCAGCGAUGGGUGGCAGCAGCAGCCAGCGGGCAGGACGGGGAGGUGGGCAAGGCGCAGCGGGCAGCGACAGCCAGCAAGGAGGCGAGCGGGCAGCCCACCAUCUUCAGCAAGAUCAUCGACCGCAGCGUGCCUGCCACCAUCCUCUAUGAAGAUGAGAAGUGCCUGGUCUUCCGUGAUGUUGCUCCCCAAGCCCCCGUCCAUUUCCUGGUGAUCCCCAAGCGCCCCAUUCCCAGGAUCAGCCGCGUGGGUCCCCAGGACACUGAGCUCUUGGGGCACUUGCUGGUGGUGGCGGCACGCACGGCGCAGGCAGAGGGGCUGGGCGAUGGCUACCGUCUGGUGAUCAACGAUGGGAAGCAUGGUGCCCAGUCCGUCUACCACCUGCACAUCCACGUGCUGGGGGGACGGCAGCUGGGCUGGCCCCCUGGCUGAGCCCCUCCUGCCCACCACUCUCCAAUAAAGCAUCUCAUUGGCA